AGCUGUUCAGAGUGGUCAGAAUGUAAACAGUGUUCAGGCGCUAGCUCACUGUCAUCAUCUGUAGCUAACCUUGGUACGAGCGCUGUUUAAACGCACGCAGUUAUGACACCGCUAUAGUUUAAUUUAGCAACGAUGGCACCGCAAUUCUAACUCUUCACUCGUCAUCUCCCGUUUGACUACACACGCGAUUCAUAUGCUCUCACCAUGACCAAAGACAUUGUUGUUGGAGAUGAAUUGCCAGACUGGGUAGGGGCCAAAGAGUUUUACCAAAAAUAUGACCCCAAAGAGGUGAUAGGCAGGGGUGUGAGCAGUGUGGUGCGCAGGUGCGUGCACAGACACACGGGUCAGGAGUUGGCCGUGAAAAUUAUUGAGAUCACGGCGGAGAAGAUGACGGCCCAGCAGUUGGAGGAGGUGAAAUCCUCCACACUGAAGGAGAUCCAGGUCCUGAACAUGGUGAAGGGACAACCCUCCAUCAUUACACUCAUCGAUUCCUAUGAAUCCACAACCUUCAUAUUUUUAGUGUUUGACCUCAUGAGGCGAGGAGAGCUGUUUGACUACCUCACAGAAAAAGUUACUCUGAGUGAAAAAGAAACCAGGAGUAUAAUGCGCGCUCUGCUGGAAGCAGUGCGCUACCUUCACUCCCUCAACAUCGUUCACCGGGACCUGAAACCAGAAAACAUUCUCCUGGAUGAUCAGGGUCACAUCAAACUCUCCGACUUUGGUUUCUCAGUGCAGCUACAGCCUGGAGAGAAACUUAGAGAGCUCUGCGGGACACCUGGUUAUUUGGCCCCUGAAAUACUGAAAUGUUCCAUGGAUGAAAUGCACCCAGGCUAUGGCCAGGAGGUCGACCUCUGGGCAUGUGGAGUGAUCCUUUUCACGUUACUUGCCGGCUCUCCACCGUUCUGGCAUCGCAAACAGAUGCUGAUGCUGAGAAUGAUCAUGGAGGGUCGCUAUCAGUUCAGCUCCCCGGAGUGGGACGACAGGUCCGACACUGUGAAAGAUCUGAUAUCCAGACUGCUGGUGUUGGACCCAGCUCUCCGUCUCACCGCUGAGCAAGCCUUAGCACAUUCCUUCUUCAGACAGUACCAGAAGGAGGACGUGCGGCUCUUCAUUCCCAGAAAGACAUUUAGGGUGCUGAUUGUCGCCGUACUGGCCUGUAUCAGAAUCUAUGGCCGCUACCGCAGAGCCCGCCCUCUGACGCGGGAGGUGCUCACCAGAGAUCCUUACUCCAUCCGGGGCGUGCGCAAACUCAUCGACGGCUGCGCCUUCCGUAUCUACGGCCACUGGGUGAAGAAAGGGGAGCAGCAGAACAGAGCCGCCCUCUUUCAGAACACGGCAAAGGUCAUGCUGCUGGGCCUGGAGGACUUUGAAACAUAAAAAAAAGGUCAACCUCAAUCCUCACCAACUUGAUUUUUAUCCACCCAUUAUUUUUCAAGUGCAGCAAAGUCAGUUUUUUGUGUGUGUUUUUACAGAUUUUAGUUACUGUGUUUUAAUUUGAAGAUGAGGAACUCAGGAGCCGAGGCACCCGAGUUCCGUACAGGAAGGCACAUCGAGCAUGUACGACCCCAUACUCCUUAUCUGUCUGUAGUGACAUGAAUGUGUGGCUGUUUUGAAACUCAUUACAAAUAAAACCUAUCACAUGUGACGGGAGGGAACAUUAUAUGCAGUAUAUGUUGAUCGUCAGUGACAGCUGAGGACAGGAUGCCUUUCCAAGCACUUUGUGGCUGAAGUGGACGUUAAAGCACUGUGAUUAAAUAUUUAAUAGAUUAUUAUGUGAAUGAGCUCCUUCAGUAUUAUGAAGGACUUGCGUAAGACGUGCAUGAAACAUUUAUGUCCCGUACUGUAAAUGUUUUUGGGCGGAAAAAUCAUUUAGCCCUCAUGCAUGCCGACAUUCCUCAAUAGGGGAACACACUUUUACUAACUGUAAAGACCACUUGCGACUGCAUCUCCGACUUGAACCCCAUUCCCUACUUACUCCAUUCCUCAGUUUAAUAAUGACAUGUUUCCAGAGAAAUGAACUGCAACUACACAAAAUACAAAAAUCAUCAUCAUCAUUGCUGUAUUUGACGUAUAUGCAGAUUUAUUGACAAUUAAAACAAAUUUCAGUCUGA